UUUCUCCAUCGAAAUGUUUAACAUGAGCAGAAUUGUUUGUUUGAUUUAUGCAGUCCUCCUGGUUAUAUUUCUGGAAAGUGGUGGUGAUGCGUUCUCUCUAGAAAAACGAAAUGACAUUGUUGGGAGUGAUAACGAUACUCCGUAUGCCGGUGUUGGGAGUGAUAACGAUACUCCGUAUGACGGUGUUGUGAGUUAUAACGAUACUCCGUAUGCCGGUGUUGGGAGUUAUAACGAUACUCCGUAUGCCGGUGUUGGGAGUUAUAACGAUACUCCGUAUGCUGGUGUUGAGAGUUAUAACGAUACUCCGUAUGACGGUGUUGUGAGUGAUAACGAUACUCCGCAUGCUGGUGUUGUGGAUAAUAUUCAGGAUAACGCAGCAGAUGAUAAUUCACUAAACAAAUGUAUCCAACAUAGAAUGAGACCUUGCAAGAAAGGACGUGGUUGUCGAAAAGCAAAGAAAUGUGGAAAACGAAAGGAAAAUGAUAAAAAGCGUUUGAGGGAAAAGAGUUCAUGAGCGUUCUGAAAAUCUUUACCAGGCGAUUUUAAUCCCAAUGAACUGAAACCUGAAUCUAACAUUUGUUAAAAUAAAAUAUGAAAGCAUAUCAAA